AUGACCAAUCCUCACUUGCUCUCCGGACUUGGCGCCUCUUUGGCAAUGUUCCUUUCCGCUGCUGGAUCCAGCAUGGCGUCUGUUCCAGCCGGUCUCAUGGCCCAGCACGCCGUGGGCUUCACGGCGUGGGCCCCCGUCAUCAUUAGCGGUGUCCUGGCCAUUUACGGUUGCAUCAUUGGUGUCAUUGUCAGCCACAAUAUCAUGAACGACGACAUGACCGAAGCACAGGGAUUCCGCAACUUUGCCGCUGGUUUGGCGGUUGGAUUGACUUGCUUGGCGUCAGGAAUGGGAAUUGCCAAGUACACGGCCGGCUACAUGAAGCUUCAUUACGCCAAACAGGAACGUCGUCCAAGCGAAAACAACACCGAUGGUGGUCUCACAGAUGGUUUGAUCUCGUCUGAUUUCAGCAAACCCUUGAUUGUGGGGUGGCGAUUCUUGUGCGUGUUGGUCUUUUUGGAAGCCAUUGGAUUGUAUGGGCUCAUUGUGGCACUCCUUUUGAGUUCAAAUCAGAAGUAA